AUGAACCAAACAGAUAACGCAUCCUUUGAAAGAUUUUGUCGAGAAACUACAGCCACAUUUUGGCACUAUCAUGGGGGAUGCCUAAUGGGAAAGGUGGUGGAUGGAGAUUUGCGAGUCAUGGGGAUCAAUGCAUUACGUGUUGUUGAUGGCUCUACAUUUAAUUUGUCACCAGGGACCAAUCCUCAAGCCACCCUCAUGAUGUUGGGCAGGUAUGCUCUGUACACUUAA